AUGCUUUUAACGGUCUGCUUAGCGAUGUUCAAUCAUGCUCCAAAGUUUCCUUUCGUUUCGGUAUUGUCACAAUCGAUUGACAUUCAUCCCAAUGCUCGAUGGCAACAAAAUGGUGUCACUGUGGCUGGAGGAAAUCGGCAAGACAAUGGAAUCAAUCAACUCUCUUAUCCAUAUGGUUUGUAUGUUGAUAAUGAUCAAACUGUGUAUGUCGCUGAUCGAUCGAAUCAUCGUAUUGUGGAAUGGAAAUGGGGUGCGACGAGUGGCCAAGUGGUUGCCGGUGGAAAUGGACAAGGAAGUGGGGCUCAUCAGUUGUAUAACCCAAGAGAUGUGAUUGUCGACAAAGAGAGAGAUAGUCUCAUCAUCUGCGAUCGUUCGAAUAGAAGAGUGGUUCGAUGGUCUCGUCGAAAUGGGACAAGUGGAGAAACGAUCAUCUCGAACAUCGAUUGUGUGGAUUUGACAAUGGACGAAAAUGGAUCUCUCUAUGUCACUGACUAUGGAAAAGAUGAAGUGAGACGAUAUCGAAGAGGAGAAUCUCAAGGAACAGUGGUUGCAGGUGGCAAUGGAAGUGGAAAUCGUCUCGAUCAACUCUCUCGCCCACAUUACGUAUUCGUCGAUCGAGAUCAUUCAGUAUACGUAUCUGAAUGGAGAAAUCAUCGUGUGAUGAAAUGGGUGGAAGGUGCAAAACAAGGCAUUGUCGUGGCUGGUGGUCAAGGACAAGGAAAUGGUCUUACACAGUUGUCUUGUCCUCAAGGAGUCGUUGUCGAUCAAUUGGGCACUGUCUAUGUGGCUGAUCAAGUGAAUGAUCGAAUAAUGCGUUGGCCCAAAGGAUCUACACAGGGAAGUGUCAUUGUUGGUGGAAACGGUAGAGGAGGACAAUCGAACCAACUCAAUGAGCCCAUCGGUUUGUCAUUCGAUCGACACGGCAAUCUCUAUGUCGUCGAUUGUGGAAAUCAUCGAGUACAAAAAUUCAAUAUGAAUUCAAAUGGAUAA